AUGAAGAUAGUUCAUUAUGCCAUGUUGAUAUCCAAAGUCAAAACCAUCCUGGAGAAAGAACAUCAAAAUGAUCCUGCCUGCAGCGUCAGUGGCUCGAAAGAUGAGCAAGGUCGAGAACUUGACACGACCGAAAAUGAAGAAGAAGACGAUACUGACGAUGUCGAAGAUGCAGAUGAUGAGAACGAUGAUGAUGAUGAUAACAAUGAUGAUUCGGGAAAUGAUGGUGAUAAUGGAGCUAAUCUAAAUUAUGACAGUGAAUCUCCUCUCUUGGUCGGUCCUGAUUAUGACACUGUUCCCGAAAGAUCUCCAGCUCAGAAAUCACCUUCCCACAGUGAUGGCACAAGGGAAGCAUCACAACAAGAUGAAGACGUCUCAACUAAUCACCCUGAAGAUCUAUCUCAAGCUCUCGUUCCACAUGUUCAACCCAUGAACGAGACUCCAAUAAAACGAGAGGAAGCAGUUGUACAUGAGGGUAAACUGGAAGCCUCCCCAAUCCUUCUCAGCUCGGGUAGUCGUGGCAAAAAGGAUGCACCACUUGAAGGAGAUCAAGUUGAAACACCACAAACCAAUAUUGAAGACGAAUCUCCUCCAGUGUCCCCACGAGUAGUCAUGAAUCUCAUGAGAGAAACACUCAACCUCGUCCAUCACCACAAGAGCCAUCUCAACCUCCACCGCAAGCUAAUCCUGACCAACAAUUUCACAAAGCGCGUGGCUAAGGAACUCUAUGAACUUAAUACCGCUGUCAACAAAGUGGCUCGCCAACAACACGAACUCAAGCACUCACACUUCAGUCUCAAAGAGCGUGUUGACUUAGCUUGCUCCAAGAUAGAUACUUCACAAGACAACUCAUACCAACUGGGACAAUAUGCUCUUCAAACUCUAGAGUAUGCCCAAGACAUUCUGAAUGCAGUUAAUCAACUCUCCAUCAUUCCUCCUACCACUUGUGCCGAUGAUGCCAAAAAGGUGGAAAAGCGACAUGAUGAUGAUGAUAGGGAUGACGAUCAUCCGAGGGAAAACACGAGAGAACGCUGGGAAAACACGAGAGAACGCUCUCCAUCUCUUACACCAAGAGAUUCUGGGCAAAGAAGUACAAAUCCUCCAUCCAAGUCUCGUGGUCACCAUACAAAUCCUCCAUCCAAGUCCCGUGGUCACCAAUCUUCCCAGACAAGACAUUAUUCAAAUCGUGGCCGUUCCCAACCCAGAUCACAGUCUCUCAAGCCUCGUCAAUUCUAUGGCUCUGAAUCACAAUUUGUAUUUGCUGGGCUCUCCAAGAGAGAAAAGGCAAACCGAAGGCAGAAAUUUAUGAAAGACAAAAAGAUAACAAUGGAUGGAGUAGGAAACUUUGUGGAGUACAAACCUUAUGAAGAAGGUAGUGGGAAACGUUUUGAGGGUUGCAAUGUUCCUACCUGGCUGAAGACAAAGGACAACUGCACUAGACAACAUCACAUAAGCACCCAAAACGAAAGAAUAAAAAGGCAAAAUAGAGAACUAUGGGAGAAACACGAAGAAGAAGCCCGAAUAAGAGAACAUGAACUGAAGGAAAGAGAGAGAGAGUAA